CUCAGACUACUUCUUUGACGCCUGCGCUUCUCUCUACACCCGUCAAGAAGUUCACUUCUACCCUCCAUCUUUUGCAAAAAAGCAACGACAGAAAAAGAAGCAAAAGAAAAGAAAAGAAAAACAAACAAAAUGGCUCGCGGUAACCAGAGAGAGAACGCUCGCAAGAAGAAUGAGAAGAAGAAUUCUUCCAAGAAAGGCGGUACCAACCUGGAUGGCACAAGCCUGCAGAAGAAGAAGGAGGAUGACGCCGCGAAGAUGCGCUUGAAGCAGGCCGCAGCCGAUGCCAAAAAGACCGAUGCCCCCAAGUAAUGAUCGGUCACUGAACCCGCGUCCCCGUCUUGGUGGGACGUCUGUCCCCACCUCCCAUUCCUCGCCUUUGCUCCAGUAUCCCGCUGUAUCUGCUUGUUCCCGUGACGAGCGCUCCCUGCUCUGGGAAUGAUCAGUCCGGUUGGGACUCUACACUCUGGUCGGAUAAGGAGGGACCUGCAUACCGUCAUCUCAUCUAUACCGGCAUCUACACCUACAUCUAUACCUACAUCUACACUAGCGAGGCGUUAAUUAAUUGUGGCGUUGCUUUCCACCCCGCGAGCGAAACGGGGGCAAGAUAAUUCGUGACGAGAUACGGUCGCUAUACCAUAAUUGAACUGUUUAUAAGAUGGA